AUGGGAAUCGCUUUGAACGGCCUAACCAUGGGAGUUUUCGCGAAGAAUCCGAAAAUGAUCAACGUCAACACGUUUUUCACAAUAGCAAUCAUCGUCAACGGCUUUAUGAGCUCCGCUUUAGCCUAUAUUCCCGUAAUCAUCGCGGAGUUUUCCGGACAUUGGUUAGUGCACUUGUCAGAAGCAUCGUGCAUAUCCGAAGCGUUCAUUGUCUAUUACUUCGGAAUAUCCUCCAUGUUCUAUCACGUAUGCAUCGCUUAUAUCCGCUACCUGGCUAUAGUGGCUGUGCCAGUCAUUAUUGCGCAUGUCGAAAAAUGGCGGGUCGCUCUAGCGUUCGCAGUGUGCCAGCUCAUCUCCUUGCUUCUCGCGGUCUCGCCGCUACUCGGGCUCGGGUCAUAUGGGCUUGAGGCCCACGGGACUAGCUGCGGGCUCGCCUGGAAUGACCGGAGUCGCACAGGCCUGGGCUAUUUGAUGCUCAUCGGAAUCGUGUGCUUCGUCGUACCGACGACUUUCAUGGGCGUCUGCUAUGAGGAUCAUCAAAACGGUAAGAUGGAAUGA